GCCUUCUCCCGGACGCAUUCAGCCAUUUGAAGGGGCACCUAUAUUCCCUGGCAUCUCGAGACGUAUAGGCAAAUGGAGCAAAACUAUGGAGAGGUGAACCAGCUUGGCGGUGUGUUCGUCAAUGGGCGACCCCUGCCCAAUGCCAUACGGCUAAGAAUAGUGGAGUUGGCCCAGCUGGGGAUAAGACCCUGCGAUAUAAGCCGGCAACUCCGAGUCUCCCACGGCUGCGUGAGCAAGAUUCUGGCGAGGUACAACGAGACGGGUUCCAUCUUACCCGGUGCCAUCGGUGGAAGCAAACCGAGAGUCACGACGCCGAACGUGGUGAAAAAUAUCAGGGAUUACAAACAAGGAGACCCCGGGAUCUUUGCAUGGGAGAUCCGGGACAGGCUUUUGGCAGAUGGAGUUUGUGACAAGUACAAUGUCCCGUCGGUUAGCUCGAUCAGCAGGAUUUUACGCAACAAGAUUGGAAAUCUCUCCCAGCCCAACCAGUAUGAGAGCAGUAAACAAGGCUCCGCGCAGGCCGGGCUCUCCUACAACCACAUUUACCCGUAUUCCUACCCCAACGCCAUGUCGCCCACUAGCGCUAAAAUGGGCAACCAUCAUGGAGUACCGAUGACGGCUGGACAUAUGAGCAUAUCCCGGGCCUGGCCCUCCGCACACACCGUCAGCAACAUCCUCGGUAUUCGAGCCUUUAUGGAUUCUUCAGCCAUUGCUGGGACGGACGGAUAUGCACAGAAAAUGGAGGACUGGAGCUGCGUCAACAGAGCAGCUUUCCCCGCGGCUCACUCUGUCAACGGGAUUGACAAAACAGCCAUUGACACUGACAUAAAAUACGCUCAGCCUUCCUCCGCACUGUCCGGUUAUGUCUCCGCGUGUGCGUACUCUCCCUCCAACCAGUACGGAGUGUACAGCGGGGCAGCAGGCGGAUACGUGGCCCCGGGACACCACCACUGGCAGCCGCAGAGUCCGGCCCUGUCGCACCCAGGCGGCGGGAUGGGCAUGCACGCGGGGGAUAUCCACUCACCGAUGAACUUCAAGCACCAGGCCCGAGAAGGAGACAGAAAACAGCCCACUCCUCUGAGCAAGCAGCAGCAGCAGCAGCUACAGCAGCAGCAGCAACACGAAGACUUGAACAGUGUGCAUGGACUCAGUCUCCCUACCUCAUCAUCAUAA